GCUAAGGCAAUUUUUCAACGUCCCAAACGUCUCAAACGUCACCAGCGUAAGCGCAGCAACUGACGUGUACAAAAGCGUACAGCAGAUAACCGUGACGACCAGCAAAAACACAUAUCAAGACAAAGCAAGCAGCGCGGCCAGCAGUUGGAAGUCCAAAACGGUAACGACAAAAUACAAAAUGCUUUUGCAGUACAAAUCAGUUGGCGAUGUGCAACAAGCGGCAACGGAAGGUGUUUGAAAAAGGUGCGCGCUAAGUGCUGCAAUUUAAUGCGCGAUUUUGUUUGCCUUUAUAAGAGUUGAAGCGAGAAAAUAACAACAAAAACAGAAACAGCAAUAGCAGCAUAUCUGAUGCUGUAAUAAGCUCAAUUGCUAAUUCGCUUUUACUCCCCGAGUGAGGUGUGCAAUGCAACUAAACGAAAAUACUUCAGUCGUCAUUCAUUAGCAACAAAUCCGUCAUCAACGACAACAACAACAACAACAACAACAACAACAAACAACAACAUACAACACUUUUGCUGCAAAUAAAACAAACAAAGUUAAUAAUUGGACAAAUCGAUAAAUUGCAAAACAUUCGAACGCGCAGCAACGAACAAGUGCAUAAAAUUACAAAUUAAUAGUUAAAGAGAAAAAAAUUUAAUGCGCAAAUAAGUAAUAAUCGCAGCAAAAGUUAAAUUUAGCUGCAAAUCACUUUCAUUUUCAUUGCCGUGUUAACGUUUUAUCACGCUUUGAACAACGUAUUGCACGAAGGCCAAAUCGCUGAAAGAGCAGAGCUCGAUAGCUGCCAAGUGUCAGGCGUUCAUUCCAUGACCAACUAACAAGUCAACCGAUCAGCCACUUACUGCUUCGCAACGCAACACAAGUGCAGCUCAUUGCUGGCCAGUUUGUUGCUGUUAACCACUGUCGGUUGCAGUUUGGAAGUACCCAGCUACAAUCUCCAUCUGAGCUUCAGGAUUUCCAAAGCAAAAGUGCAAAAAUCUCACAACACUUCCGGCAAUAAAAUUUCAUAUUUCUUCUCCUCCCAACUCUUUGAUCUACACAAACGUUUACCGGUCGGGCCACUGUUGAGCAAGCGGAAGCAAGGGGACAACAAGGGUGUGUGCAGAUAAUAUAAAUAAUUUACGAGCAACAGAAGUCACCGAAUUGGCCAAAAAGGGCCCCUGAACAUUAAUACCUUUGGGCAAAAUGCGUUUCUCCACAACAUAUCUACUUCUUUGCGGUGCGCUUUCUGCUACUUUCUUAUCAGAAAUAUUUGGGCACGCUGCUACCGUGGACCCCGGCGAUGACUACGAGCCACGACACUUGACCAACGACCAAUCGUCUUUUUUUCAGUCACAAUCGGACUCACCAUUCUCGCAUGACUUCGCCAAGGGUCAGAGUAUCAGACGAGUCGGUCGUGUGGAGACCAACAGAGUGAAACAAACAAAUCGUUUGCAGAUCAACACCAACGAACCAGCCUAUUCUGAUUCCGAUUCCGACGCCGAUUCGUCUAACUCAGAAUCAGAAAGUCGAGAUGCCGGCUCUGGGUAUGAUGAUAAUGACGAUGAUGAUGAUGAGUAUUAUGAUGAAAGCGAUGAGGAGAGCAGCACAGACAGUAGUGGAAGCAGUGAAUCGAUACCACGUCUGCUAUCACAAUCGGCUUUUAAUCGCAUUUCCGAGACUUUGGGUGCAUUGAACACCAUGGGUCACUUGUUGGUGGAUAUUACCCGCGGGGGACAUGAACCAAAGCCGGAAGUUCUUGAAGGGCAAGCUGUGAAUGAAGGAAGCCUCAGUGCUGAUGGUAUUGCUACCGUUGGCUCUAGUAAUGAGACAAAACCUAUAAUCAGUAUUUCAACAACGGCAACGCCGUCCAGAAAAUUCAAUGAUAUUACGCCGACUGCGAAAAUUCUUGCACCGCUUCCACCACAAGGUAACUUGAUAACGGAACAGAAGGUGACGGAGCGCGGUGGAGAGACAGGCACGCCUGUGAAGCCAAUGUUUGUCGAAACCAAGGAAACCAAAAAGAAGAAAAAGAAGAAGAAGAAUAAGAAUAAAGUCAAGAAACCCGCAGUAGCAGCAGCAGCGGAUGCAACGUUCGCUGGCACAACAGGACAACUACAACAAUCAAACAGACUGUCAACGACAUUGAGACCUCCCUCUACCGCAAUGCCCACAACUACCAGCUCAAUUGAUCGUGCUGACCAGUUGCCCGCAACCACAGAGGAUGUUUCUGCAAAAGAUGCCGAAAACUUUUGUAAAACUCCUAAUGGACGUCCAGGGCGUUGCGAGGAUUUAAGUAGCUGUCCAGCGUUAUUACUAAACUUGAGUAGUUUACGUGAGUCGCUUUGUUUUAAGAGCUUAUUCGUACCUGGCGUAUGCUGUCCAUUACCUGAGUCUUCAGCUGUGCCUUCAACACCACGACCACUAAAACUGACAACCAAAGCGACCACAACGGCAUUGACAACCAAACGACCAACAACACAGCGGCCACCUUCUUCACCAAGUUUAGUCUUAUUGCCACAGCUAAAGCCUUCAACUACAACAACGACAACAACCCAGAGUCCUUUGGGCAAUGAAUUGGAACUUAUAGGUAAUAAUAACAUUGUUGACCCAGAAGAGUGUGGCCAACAGGAAUAUUCUUCUGGCCGCAUAGUGGGGGGUGUGGAAGCGCCGAAUGGGCAAUGGCCGUGGAUGGCGGCUAUAUUCUUGCAUGGCCCCAAACGUACCGAGUUCUGGUGCGGUGGCUCGCUUAUCGGCACGAAAUACAUUCUGACCGCGGCGCAUUGUACGAGGGACUCACGGCAGAAACCUUUUGCAGCGCGACAAUUUACUGUACGUUUAGGAGACAUUGAUUUGUCCACCGACGCUGAGCCCUCGGCGCCAGUUACAUUCGCUGUGAAGGAAGUGCGUGCACAUGAACGCUUCUCUCGCAUUGGCUUCUAUAAUGAUAUAGCGAUAUUGGUGCUUGACAAGCCUGUGCGGAAAUCCAAAUAUGUCAUACCAGUUUGCUUGCCACGGGCGGGGCGUGCGCCACCCAAAGAGCGUUUGCCUGGUCGACGUGCCACAGUAGUUGGCUGGGGCACCACCUACUACGGCGGCAAAGAAUCGACGACACAACGUCAAGCCGAAUUACCGAUCUGGCGAAAUGAGGACUGCGAUCGUUCAUACUUUCAACCGAUCAAUGAGAACUUUGUAUGCGCCGGCUACUCGGACGGUGGCGUGGAUGCGUGUCAGGGCGACUCUGGUGGUCCGCUGAUGAUGCGGUUCGACUCACGCUGGGUUCAACUCGGUGUAGUCUCGUUCGGGAACAAAUGUGGUGAGCCUGGCUAUCCCGGUGUUUACACGAGAGUUUCACAAUAUUUGGAUUGGAUUCGAGAUCACACGCGUGAUUAAAUGCAUGGAGCAGAGCUUUGUUAUUGACGAUGUUAAUUUAGUUGUAAUAUUUUUUAUAAAUUUAAACAAUAUUAAGAAUCACUAGUCUACAUAAAUUUUUUAUGUGCAUCAUAAAUGUAUUUACUUAGUUCCGGUAUUUAUUAACUUGACGGAAACCCAUUUUAGUAAUAUGCAAGGCAUGAAUUAUUAAAAAAAUAAGUUUAUGAUAUUUUAUUAAAAGAAUUCCGAAAACACGAUCUAACAGUUUUAUAUACUCAUACCAGACAGAGCAAUAUACAUAUGUAUUGAAGUCGUAUACUCGGAAAACGAAGACUUCAUUUUCAGACCGGACAGCCUCUAGACUUGGCCAAACACAUCGUCCAAGAAUUAGCAAAAAAUCGAAUCGUUCUUCAUUGUUAGACCUUUUAGGAAUCUUAAUCCAGAUUGUAAUUUGGUCUAAUCAUAUCCGCCUGCCCGCUGGAAUGUUUUUAGCUUUUGCGGUAAGGAGGUGCAUUUUCGUAUAAUAUUAAUUAUUUGUAAGAACCUAUAAGAUCAGAUGACUGUUUACAUUGGCCCCAUUGAACUGAUUCUUCACAUUUAAUCGAAUUUGAACAAAAAGUUAAAUAACAUUAAUCAAUAUAAACACUAUACAUAUAUUUGCGAGUUGUUUUUAGUUGCUGACCUGCUCUUCAACAGAGCAUAUUGGAAAUAAAAAUACAGGGUGUUAUACAGUUGUAUAUCAGUGAUCUGGUGGUUUCUGGCGAACUGAUAAACAAAUAGCUUUCUUCUGCAACACACAACAGCUCUCCAUUGAGGCUAACAGCAACUACUCAUAUAGAGUAUUAGAAGCUUUUCAAAAGUCCGUUACUUUUAAGAAUGAGAUUAUAUGUUUUGCACGCAGUUCCUAAAGCUUCAAUUGAAAAUCAGAAGUUAAUAUAGUUAGGGACCACAUUCUCAUGGAAUCAUGGGUAGUGUCGAGUAGUCGAA